AUGCCAGGCUUCGACUUCUCGAACUACAACCGCAAUGCGGCCCUACACGCUAGAGGUGCACCUUUGCCCAAGGCUACCAGUACAGGUACAACUAUUGUUGGAUGCAUAUACGAUAAUGGUGUAGUGAUUGCAGCAGAUACACGAGCCACAAGCGGCCCCAUUGUCGCCGAUAAAAACUGCGAAAAGCUCCAUUUCAUCUCCCCCCAGAUCUGGUGUGCCGGUGCAGGAACAGCAGCCGACACCGAAUUCACAACGGCCCUCAUCAGCUCAAACAUUGAACUACACUCGUUGUCCACCGGUCGAGCACCCCGCGUGGCUACUUGCAUGACUAUGCUCAAACAGCACCUUUUCAGAUAUCAGGGACACAUCGGUGCCUAUCUCGUCGUCGCCGGCGUCGAUCCCACAGGCACACAUCUCUUCACUGUGCACGCACACGGUUCAACUGACAAACUGCCCUACGUGACCAUGGGAUCUGGUUCGCUCGCUGCCAUGUCCGUAUUCGAGUCAAUGUGGAAACCAAACCUAGACAAAGAAGGUGCUAUCGCUAUCUGCUCCGAGGCCAUUUUAGCCGGUAUCUUCAACGAUUUGGGAUCUGGUAGCAAUGUCGACGUUUGCGUGAUCGAGAAGGAUCAGCCCACGCAGUUGUUGAGGAACUACAUUAAGCCUAAUGAGCGUGGCAGGAAAGAACGUGAUUACAAGUUCCCGCGGGGUACUACCGCUUGGCUCAAGGAGAAGGUUAUCAAGAAGGAGGAUAUUGGGAAAUAUGUCAUUGUGCAAGAACUUGGCGAAGAUGAGGACUCUAAUGUUGUUGAGAGGAUGGAAGUUGAUUCAUAG